CGCAUCAUUCAAAAUGGCCCCCAAGAAGAAGACUGACGCUAAGCCCGCCAACGAGAACGUGUCCCUUGGACCUCUCACCGGUGAUGGCGAGAAUGUUUUCGGCGUUGCCCGUAUCUUCGCCUCCUUCAACGAUACCUUCGUCCACGUUACCGAUCUCAGUGGUCGCGAAACCAUCUGCCGUGUCACUGGUGGAAUGAAGGUCAAGGCUGACCGUGAUGAAUCGUCUCCCUACGCUGCUAUGUUGGCUGCCCAGGAUGUGGCCGCCCGCUGCAAGGAGCUCGGUAUCAACGCCCUCCACAUCAAGAUCCGUGCUACCGGUGGUAACGGAACCAAGACCCCUGGCCCCGGUGCUCAGUCUGCUCUCCGUGCCCUUGCUCGUUCAGGUAUGAGAAUUGGCCGUAUCGAGGACGUCACCCCUACCCCAUCCGACUCUACUCGUCGUAAGGGUGGUCGCAGAGGUCGUCGUUUGUAGAUCUAUAUCGCCUUUAUCUCCUGGUUAUCCGAUCCCGCGGUUGGUAUCAAUGGCGAUUGG